GCAGCUCUGCUAUCUUGCUCCAAAGGACUGAAAGAAAGAUGCUGCCGAACGAGGCUCUGUUUCUUCUCCUGACCUGCUGUUCUGGCCUGGUUUAUGGUGAGGUUGCUGCAAACUUUAACAGUUGCCUUCAGUUCUUCUACAGAAACGAACCACCCAAAGGCAUCACCGGACCAGAGUAUCRGCAUAUCUGCCAGUUGUACCAUAACGCCUAUCGCUUUGCCACCCURUACAACUUAAAGUAUCGGACACCGCUGUACUCUGCCUAUAAACUCCACAGUCCAGAUGGGAAGAGACCUCGUCCUGAUUGGAUGAUUGAGCCUCAGUUGGCAAACAGCAAAGGUGACAAAAGUAUGAAGUACAUCAAAAACCCAGACCAAAACGUGAAGGACAGUCAGGCCGUGAAUGAUGACUACAAAGACUCCGGCUUCACCAGAGGCCAUCUCGCCCCCAGCAGCCACCAAGCGACAAAGGACGAUCGGACGGCCACUUUCACCCUGACAAACAUUGUUCCUCAAGCAGCUAUCUCCAAUAAYAAGGAGUGGAACAUGUUUGAACAGAAUCUAUCGGCCAGAUUUAAAAAUGUCUGCAAAGAUAAAUUGYAUGUAGUUACYGGGAUCAUCCCUUAUCAGUCAGGAGAGCACAAAAUCAAAGACCGGGUGUUCAUUCCUGAGUACAUAUGGUCUGCUUACUGCUGCAACGACAAUAACGUUGGAAAGGAUCAGGGAAAAUACUUCCCCACUUAUGCUGCUGUGGGAAGAAACGAUCCUAASAGCGGAGACGACGUGGUGGUGAAAGAUCCCAAAAAUUCAGGCUAUGAUGUUAGGGAGAUGCCCUUARAGGAACUGGAGGYGAUCCUGGAAAAGAAGCUAAAYAUGAACAUAACUCUGUUUGAUGGGCACUGUGGAGCUGAGUAGCAUGUGAAAAGCUCCAGUUAUCCCAGAAGAAAAGCUAUAUGUGGAGCMUUUUUACUGAUGGAAAAUGAUGAUGAUUUUUCAAUGYAUUCUUUUCACAAACUUUUAAUAAAG